UAACCCGCUCUUGGCGCGAAGGCGAUGCGCCAGGCGAGAGAAUAAAAUAGCCCACGGGCUGUAGUGGAGUGGGGAUGCUACGUGAGGGCUCAGCUCCAGCUUUACGACAGGCAAAGCAGGACGCGCCCUGAAGGUUGGGCAGGGUUGGCCGGGGCCUCCCCGGGUUAAUGUGGAAUCUACAAUGCCAGCCCCGUCUGGGCACCUACGCGAAGGUGUCCACGUUCACCGCAGAGCACACACCCCGCAGCUCAAGGUCCUUAUCGCCCAGAGUCAACAGUCGGCGCACUGGGAUGGGAGGGACUGGGGAAGCGGGGUCGGUGGGUGAAUCCCACCCAGGCCUCAGGGGGUCGAGGAGGAGGGCGCUGCAGACACGCCCCCUCUCCCCAGCAGCUCCGUCUCUGCCCCGCGCUGUCCUAGAAGGCCAGACAUUGGCCCGUGGCCACCUGCCAAGUGGGGCCGGGACGCGGGAAGGGGGAAGGGGCCCCGCAGGCGGCCCGAGGGCCCUCAGAGACUGCCGCCGCGGCCACUCCCUUAGACUCUGGACGUGCCGGGACCGGGGGCGCUCUGCCUCCGCCUUAUAAGAAGCCCGGCGCCGGGCGGGCAGCGAGGCCAGAGGCGGGCACCGGGCUGGGCCGCGCAGGGGCGCCCCCACCGGCGGCGGGCCCGGCGACAUGGGCCGCUACUCGGGCAAGACGUGCCGGCUGCUCUUCAUGCUGGUGCUCACCGUCGCCUUCUUCGUGGCCGAGCUGGUCUCGGGCUACCUGGGCAACUCCAUCGCGCUGCUGUCCGACUCCUUCAACAUGCUGUCCGACCUGAUCUCGCUGUGCGUGGGGCUGGGCGCCGGCUACGUGGCGCGGCGACCCCGCGGGGGCCUGGGGGCCACCUACGGCUACGCGCGCGCCGAGGUGCUGGGCGCGCUGAGCAACGCCGUCUUCCUCACGGCGCUCUGCUUCACCAUCUCCGUGGAGGCCGUGCUGCGCCUGGCGCGGCCUGAGCGCAUCGACGACCCCGAGCUGGUGCUCAUCGUGGGCGCGCUGGGGCUGGCCGUCAACGUGCUGGGGCUGCUCAUCUUCCAGGACUGCGCCGCCUGGCUCGCCUGCUGGGGCCCCCGCCGCCGCCGCCGCCGCCCGCCGCCGCCGGCCGAGGGCCGCACCCCGCGCGCGAUCGGGGCCCCGCGGGGCGCCCCCGGCCCCUGCCAGUCCCCGCGCGGCGCGGCCUCGGCGGACCGGAAGGAGGAGCGGGGGGCGACGGUGUUCUCCAACGUAGCAGGUGAUUCUCUGAACACCCAGAAUGAGCCAGAAGAGACUAUGAAAAAGGAGAAAAAGUCGGAAGCCCUGAAUAUCAGAGGUGUCCUUUUGCAUGUGAUGGGCGACGCCCUGGGGUCCGUGGUUGUGGUGGUCACGGCCAUCAUAUUCUACGUGCGUCCCCUGAAAGGCGAGGACCCAUGUAACUGGCAGUGCUACAUAGACCCCAGCCUGACCGUCAUCAUGGUCGCCAUCAUUUUGUCAUCUGCCUUCCCACUCAUCAAGGAGACUGCUGCCAUUCUGCUGCAGAUGGUCCCCAAAGGAGUCAACAUGGAGGAGCUGAAUGAGAACAAUUGGUGGCCCCUGCUCUUGACCGUGAUGCUACAGUGCCUCUCCAGAGAUGGCAAGCAAGGAUAUCAAAUGCUGUUUAUCCUCAAAUAUCAAAUGAAGCCCAGCUUUCACAGUUAUGCUUUGAAAAAAAAAAUUACAACACUGUUGUCAUUGCUGAAAGAGUCUUUCUUAUUAUCCUUAUUUCUAGAGGCAGAGAGGAUUCAGGAGAUAAUGCCAGUAAAAUACUGUUAGCUUGUUAUAGUUUAAACACAGAGAGGCCAUUAUUAUUGAUGAGUUUUAGCAGCUAGUCUAUACUGUAAAUACACACAGAAAAGUGCGUGUAAAAAGUCCAAUAAAAAACCGGCAUCAGACACAGAGAGAACCAAACCCCUUCUGCCACCAAAAAAACCCAUACAAAAGGCACAAAGUUCAUGGGCAUGCACUUUUUGCUACAUUAUUGAUUAGGCUAUGCUGUUUGAUUUUUUUUUUCUGUCAAAGAUCAGCUAGAGUAAUGGCUAUGAAGAAUUAUCAGAUGCAAUACAAAUAAUUUUAUGUUAGUUUUAUUCCAAAAAGACUACAAAAAGGCUUCAAGUGAUAGACGGAAGUCUUGGUUAUUAGAUUACCUAAUGUUUCAGAAUACAGACAAUUUCCAUUUAGCUCUAACUAGUUCCUGGACACAUUUAAUUUUUUUUUUAUAUGACAUAAUUUAAUUCACUCAUAAAAUAGUAAGGAUGCAGAUGCCAUUAAAAAGUUACCCCAAAAUAACAAAUAUUAUAAAUAAGGCAGACAUUUCAUUAUUUUAGAAUAUCAGAGAAAAUGAAUAUAUUAUAUAUGGUAACUGAUUACACAGUAAGAUAACUGAUACCAAUGCAAUAUUAUUUAGAGAUUUACUUAAAAACAAAUGUUUAUUUUGAGAGAGACAGAGAGAGGGAAAGAGAGAAUCCCAAGCAGUUUGCACACUCAGCGUGGAACCCCAUACGGGGCGCAGUCCUUUGAACCGUGAGAUCAUGACCUGAGCUGAAAUCAAAGGUCAGAUGUUCAACCGACUGAGGCACCCCAGACGCCCCUAGAUAUUUACUUUUGAUUUGCAAAAUGGCCAAGAACAUCAACCAAACAUUUUGAUACAGUGGCUAAAGGAAAAGAAAUCCCUGAUAGUAGCAACGGCUUGUGGGAGAAUUACAUUUAACAGAUGAACUUUUUACUUCCAAAUUUCCUGCUGACAAUAAUCUUGUUACAUUUCUUAAAACCUUUAGUGUAUACGGGGUUGCCUGGAGGCUAAGGAUUUUAAGAAGACAGUUUUCAAUAUGUAGUUAUAAAUAUGACACUCACUAAUAAGUGUGCAACUUGAAACGUUUUUAAAAUGAAACAUUCAUUUGAUUGCCAAACUUACAAUGUAGUCAGUGACUUAAUUUUCUCUUGUAAAAUCAAGAACACAUUUGGUCACAAUAAGAUUACAGGUUAAAUAUUA